GCUAGAGGGGUGGAGGGCGGGGAAGGCAACAAAAUGCUUUAGUUUGCUGCCAAGUCUGUCAUUAUGGUUCCAGCCCAGGUGUGACAUGCCAGAAUGAACCCACUGAUGCACUGAAGCAUGACGGUGAAGGGUGGCAACUGAGACCAGCAGAGCUUACAGCACCACGAUCAACCGACUAUGACAGAAAUCAAACAAAACGCUCAUAGGAGCAAAAAACAUUCUUUGGUUCGAAGCUUUAGAAUAAUCAGUUACAUCCCUUUGUUUAGUUUGAUAUUAGGAAUAUAGUUUCUGAUCUAACACAUUGAAGAAGCUUAAAGUGAGCCACAUUUAAGUACGUGUCUUUAUUUGGAAGCAGACGAUACUUACACCACCAUGGUUUACGUGCAAGAGAUUCAGUAUAAUGUCUCUACGUUUGCCAACACAACCGUGGCCCACAGCACGACGACGGUGAAGCCGGCCCCGCCGGAUAAGAUCCUGAACGACGAUAUGGCUUACAUCUUCUUUGUGGUUGUCAAGUGCGCCAUGUACGAGGUCUGCAGCGUCUUCGGCAUCGUCACCAACGUCCUGUGCCUAAUAGUGUACCGCAAGCUUGGGUGUGAGGAGACAGUCAACGUGACCCUGAUCGGGCUGACCAUCUCGGACCUGGCCAGUCUGAUCGUGUUGUUCUGGAUGGGGAUAUGCUUCAAUCCGCUUUUCACUUACUCUAACGUCCACUUCGACACCCAGUCCGUCGUCUACAUGUCCGGUGGGUGGGUCAAGCUGUACCUGACCAGGGUCUCCAGUUGUAUCACAGCUUUCGUCACUAUGGAGAGAUGCCUUUGCAUCGUCAUCCCUUUGAAGAUCAAGCAAGUGAUGACCCCGAAGCGUGCGGUCAUUUUCAUCAUUCUCUCAUUCUUCUUCAUGGGUAUGACCCUGCCUCCCGUCUACUACACCACGCGCUUGGAGUGGCUCUGGUACCCGGCCAGGAACAAGACUCUGCUAGGACUCGCCUUCACCCCCGAGAGGGAGGAGAUCUACAACUCCGUCAUCGCCAUCAACCUCGUCCUGACCUUCAUCGCUUUCGCUUUCAUCAUAGGCGGCACCCUCAUGCUGGUCUUCAACCUGGAGAAGAAGACGGAGUGGCGGAGGAAGUCGGUGUCGGCCCAGAAGCACGACACGAUGUCCAUGAAGGACAAGAAGAUCAGCAAGAUGAUCAUCUCCAUCGCCGUCUUCUUCGUGACCUCCUUCUUUCCGGGGACGGUCCUCUUUGUGGUGAUGAUGAUCAUACCAGAGUUCAACAGGGGCAAGCUCUUAAACAACCUCUUCACCACAACCUUCGCCUUCUCCCACAUCCUCGAGGGCGCCAACGCCGGAGUCAAUAUUUUUAUCUACUUCAAGAUGAGCACCAAAUUCAGACAGGUUUUUUGCCAGACUUUUCUCUUCUGGAAAGCAAACACAGAGAAAGAUGGGAAAUGACUUGAACGGGAUAGUCAGAGUGUUACGCUUACAAGACGGUUCAUUGUUACGAUUGUUAAUGAAAAAGAAAAACCUGCCUGGUUGGACACCAAUAAAUGUAAUUAUAUAUAGACACCUUGAUAACAAACACUGUAAUUAUUUACAUUGUUAUUCGUACCCCAUUAUUUCGUUUAGAUCUAAAGCUAAAGUUCGCAUAUCGCUUAGAUAUACUCUAUUUUUAACAUUCUAAGCGAAGUUCCAGUUUUUCUUUUCUUUACUAAAAAUGUAUAUCCUAGAGCGCACUGUGAACAGCGCAUGAUCGUCUUAUCUAUAAACAUGUACAGUUUUUGUGAUCCCAUAUUAGGGCUUUGGUUAGAAUGCUUGAACAUAACUAUUCAUAUCAAAAUAAAAUAAAACUAGCAGAACAAAAGUACAAUUUGAACAAUAUUUUCAGU